UCCCCUUAAGAUUCAAACGUCAAAUUCGUUAGACGUGAUUUGCAGUUUUGAAGACCAGUCAACAAAUCAAAUUUUACUCCAAUUGAAAUUAUAGCCAUGUCAAUCGCGGCAACUGAUGAGCGCCUCAGUGCAUUAAACAGCUAUCGCUCCAAGCUCCUGGAACAUCGCGAGAUCGAAUCGCGCUUGAAAGCCCUGCGUGACAAGCACAAGGAACUGCAAUUGGAGUUCCAGAAGUCCGAGGAUGAUCUGAAGGCCCUCCAGAGUGUGGGGCAAAUGUUGGGUGAGGUGCUCAAGCAGUUGACGCCAGACAACUUCAUUGUCAAGUCCGCUAAUGGACCGCGCUACGUGGUUGGCUGUCGCCGCCAGCUGAACAAGGCGAGGUUAAAGCCCGGCACGCGUGUCGCUCUGGACAUGACGACACUGACCAUUAUGAGGUAUCUGCCGCGCGAGGUUGAUCCUCAAGUGUACAACAUGACUCACGAGGAUCCCGGCAAUGUGGACUACUCGGCCAUUGGCGGCUUGGGCGAUCAGAUCCGGGAGCUGCGUGAGGUCAUUGAGCUACCACUCUUGAAUCCAGAACUCUUCAUACGCGUUGGCAUCAAUCCUCCCAAGGGGUGUCUGCUCUAUGGUCCGCCUGGCACCGGCAAAACGCUGCUGGCCCGUGCCAUCGCCUCCCAGCUGGAUGCGAACUUCCUCAAGGUGGUCUCCUCGGCCAUUGUGGACAAGUAUAUUGGGGAGAGCGCUCGUCUGAUUCGUGAAAUGUUUUCCUAUGCACGUGACCAUCAGCCGUGCAUCAUCUUCAUGGACGAGAUCGAUGCCAUUGGCGGCCGUCGCUUCUCGGAGGGCACCUCCGCCGACCGUGAGAUACAGCGCACCCUGAUGGAGCUGCUCAAUCAAAUGGACGGCUUCGAUGCUUUAGGGCAGGUCAAGAUAAUUAUGGCCACCAAUCGUCCAGAUACCUUAGAUCCUGCUUUGCUACGCCCUGGUCGCUUGGAUCGCAAACUCGAAAUACCACUGCCCAAUGAAAUCGCCCGCCUGGACAUACUCAAGAUCCAUGCAGCGCCGCUGGCCAAGCAGGGCGAGAUCGACUACGAGGCGGUGGUCAAGCUCUCCGACAUGUUUAAUGGCGCCGACUUGCGCAACAUCUGCACAGAGGCGGGUCUCUUUGCUCUACGCGAGGACCGCGAAUAUGUCAUCCACGAGGACUUCAUGAAGGCCGUGCGCAAGACGGCGGACAACAAAAAGCUGGAGUCCAAACUGGAAUACAAACCACUUUAGAUUCAGUAAAUCUCAUUUAAGACUAACGUCAAAUAUAAUUUAUUUAG